AUGGCCCCAUACAUCCCCUACCGCCUUGACGGAAAAGUCGCCCUCGUCACCGGCUCAGGCCGUGGUAUCGGCGCCGCCAUGGCGGUCGAACUCGGCCGCUGCGGCGCCAAAGUCGCCAUCAACUACGCCAAUUCGCGGGAAUCGGCCGAGAAAGUCGUCGAUGAGAUCAAGGGCCUGGGGUCCGACGCGGCGGCCUUCCAAGCCGACGUCAGACAGGUCGCACAGACGACCAAGCUGAUGGAUGAUGUGGUGAAGCAUUUCGGCGGCCUCGAUAUCGUGUGCAGCAAUUCAGGAGUCGUGAGUUUUGGCCAUUUUGGCGAUGUGACCGAGGAGGAGUUCGACCGCGUCUUCAGCAUCAACACGCGCGGCCAGUUCUUUGUCGCGCGUGAGGCCUACCGCCACCUCAACGAGGGUGGCCGUAUCAUCCUCAUGUCAUCCAAUACGGCCAAGGACUUCAGUGUGCCGAGGCACUCGCUGUACUCGGGCUCCAAGGGCGCCAUCGAGUCGUUCGUGCGCGUCAUGUCCAAGGACGCUGGGCAGAAGAAGAUCACGGUGAAUGCGGUUGCGCCAGGCGGCACGGUCACGGACAUGUUCCAUGAAGUCUCGCAGCAUUACAUCCCGAAUGGUGAGAAGUAUACCGCGGAAGAACGACAGCAGAUGGCGGCGCAUGCUUCGCCCUUAACUCGGAACGGGUACCCGGUGGAUAUCGCGCGCGUUGUUUGCUUCUUGGCCAGCAAGGAGGCUGAAUGGGUUAAUGGCAAGAUCAUAACCAUCGACGGCGGUGCGGCCUAA